AUGCAAACUCUCCUCGAAAUCCCUGCUGAACUGCGUCUCCUCAUCUACCAAGAACUCGACGAUAUUGACGACGCCCUGCUCCUCACCAGGAUCUGCAAACAACUCAACAUCAUCUUUGACGAACAUCAUCCCACUUCCCAGGCUAACUUCAAAGGAAAACCGGCUUCAUCACAAGUACCACGUCGCGCUGACUGGUCUUACAUCCCAGACCUUGAUCCCUCCAAGAGCACGAAUCCUCGUCGUUCCCUUCCAGGCCACGAGCAAGUGUUCUCUUGUGAGGAGCGAAAGUCAAGUCUCGAGCUAGAGCGCGAAUAUAUUGGCCCGCAGGCUGGAGAUACUUGGGGAAAUGGCGAAGAGUUGAUCAUCUGGGAGAUGGUAACGAACGAUCGUUGA